UUCCAGCCAACCGGAGGCGCGAUGCUCCCCCUGUGCUGGUGCUGCCCGACAGCCCCCGCCCCCGCCGCAGCAGCCAUGAGCGGCACAGCCACGCCUUCCUACCACUUCAAGAGCUUCUGCGGCGAGUUCGAGCGGGUGGAGAGUGCCCUGGAACGCCUGGAGGCCAGCGGCUUCUACUGGGGCAGCCUGUCGGGAACCGAAGCCAAGCGGCUCUUGACCUCCCAGCCGCCCGGAGUCUUCCUGGUGCGGGAUUCCUCUGACCACCACCACCUGUUUACCCUCAGUGUCCGCACGAGCGCGGGCAUCACCAACCUGCGCAUCCAGCAGGAGGGCUCGGCUUUCCACCUGGAGGCCCUGCCGGGGGCCGGCCACCCCCCGGCUUUUAGGUGCGUGGUCCAGUUAGUGGAGCAUUACCUGUGCCUGGGGACGGUAGAAGGGGGCCCCUGCUACCUGGAGAAGGAGGGGCAGCCCCCAAUGCCCCUGGCCCUGACGCAUCCGCUGCGUUGCAAGGUGCCCACCUUGCAAGAGCUGUGCCGGCGGGCGGUGCGAGCCAGCAUGCAGGGCAGAGGGGACGCCCAGGCGCAGUUGCGGGACCUUCCAGUGCCCCAGGGACUACUGAACUCACUGUGCAGCUAA